AUGAAGGCAAUCCACAUAGACCAAUUCGUCUCGAGCGUCGCAGAUCUUGCGUCAUCUACCAUCCCAUCCCCAACUCCCAAAUCACCCCAAGAUCUCCACAUCAAAAUCACCCACGCAGCCAUCACACACGUCGACCUCCUCUACGCUCAAGGCCUGCAUCAAAACAAUCGUAGACACGUUCAACCCCCCUUCACCCUCGGCACAGAGUUUUCGGGAAUCGUGACCCGUAGCCCAGAAACCUCUUCUUUCAAACCCGGUACCCGUGUUUUCGGCGGUGGUCUAGGUACUUACGCAGAGGAGAUAUGCGUUCCUGAACAUGCCAUUCGCCGUGUACCAUGUCAAUGGACGAACGCUGAAGCGUGUGCGGUAGGUGCCAGCGGCGCGGUUAGCUACGGUGCUCUACUCUCUGUUGCGCAACUCGAAGCCGGAGAGACGGUACUUGUGCUCGGUGCUAGUGGUGGGUUAGGUGUCAUGGCUGUACAGAUUGCGAAAGCGGUUGGCUGUAAGGUUAUCGCAGUUGUUGGUGGGAAAGAGAAAGCUGAGGUUGUUAGAGGAAUUGGCGCGGACGUUAUCGUGGAUUAUCGGGAUGAAGGGUGGGAAAAUACGGUUAAAAAGGCGAGUGAGGGUGGAGAGGGGUGGAUGUUGUGUAUGAUGGCAUUGGGGCUGUGGAGAGUGGAAUUAGGUGUCUGA